AUCUGUUCAGGAAAAGAAGUAAGAAUUUCUGUGCGCUAAGCGGUGCGACGCCAGGUUACAGCAGAAGGGCGAAACAUUGAGUUAAAACAUGAAUUUUUCUGGAGUGGUACUUGUUUUACUUAUUGCAGCAAUAGCUGCCAACGCAACUGUAUACUUUAAGGAGCAAUUUCUAGAUGAGGAUGGUUGGAAGAGUCGUUGGGUGGAAUCCACACACAAGUCUGACUACGGUCAGUGGAAACUCAGUGCAGGGAAGUUCUAUGGUGAUGCGGAGAAGGAUAAAGGUCUCCAGACGAGCCAGGACGCCCGCUUCUAUGCCCUCUCCUCCCGCUUUGAAGCUUUCAGCAACGAAGGAAAGACGCUUGUCAUCCAGUUCACUGUCAAACACGAGCAGAAGAUUGACUGCGGGGGCGGCUAUGUCAAGGUCUUCCCUGCUGACUUGGAUCAGGCCAACAUGCAUGGGGAGUCGCAGUAUUACAUCAUGUUCGGCUCAGACAUCUGUGGUUACAGCACUAAAAAGGUUCACGUCAUCUUCAACUACAAAGGCAAAAAUCACCUGAUCAAGAAGGAAAUUCGGUGCAAGGACGAUGAGCUGACGCACGUCUACACCUUGAUUCUGCGGCCUGAUCAGACCUAUGAAGUCAAGAUCGACAACGAAAAGGUGGAGUCUGGGACACUGGAGGACGACUGGGACUUUCUGCCCCCAAAACAGAUCAAAGAUCCAGAGGCGAAGAAGCCUGAGGACUGGGAUGAUCGUGCCAAGAUUGACGACGUCUCGGACACCAAACCUGAGGACUGGGACAAACCGGAGAACAUUCCGGACCCUGAUGCCAAGAAGCCUGAGGACUGGGAUGAUGAGAUGGAUGGCGAGUGGGAACCGGCCAUGAUCCCCAAUCCGGAAUAUAAGGGCGAGUGGAAGCCGAAGCAGAUCGACAACCCCAACUACAAAGGAGUCUGGGUCCACCCUGAGGUCGACAACCCCGAGUACACUGCUGACGCCGAAAUUUACAAGUUCGACAAAGUCGGAGUUCUGGGGCUCGAUCUGUGGCAGGUGAAGUCUGGCACCAUCUUUGACAACUUCCUGAUUACUGAUGAUGAAAAGACGGCGGAGGAAUUUGCAAACGAGACCUGGGGCGUUACCAGGGACCCAGAAAAGACGAUGAAGGAAAAACAAGAGGAAGACGAGAGGAAACAGAGGGAAGAGGAGAAAAAUACAAAGGAGGAAGAGGAGGAUAACGAGGAUGAAGACGGCGAUGAGGACGAAGGGGAUGAGGAAGACAAUGAUGAGGAAGGGGGCACAGCAGAAGGCGACGAUGAUGUACCCAAAGAUGAGCUGUAAAGCGGAGCUCAUUUGGCCGGAUGUGUGUCCUGUCAGGGAAGCGAAGGCUCCGCAUUCACAUUUACACCCUCAGCCGUUCUGCUCGGACUCACACUCCGUGUUUUUGUGGCAGGAUGAGACUGAGCAUCUGAUCCUUCUAUUUUGGGGGGGGGGGGGGGGGAGGUAAAUGGGCUCAAGAAAUGUUUUUGUGUUUUUUUUUUUAAUAACCAAUUAAACAAGGCCAGUGCACAGGCGUGUCUUGAAUUCAGCAAAAGAGCUGUUCACCCUUCACCCGAACAAUUGCCCUGGGCUGGGGGUGACUGACCCAGCCUCUCUGAACGCCUGACCAGCCUGUGCUCAGUCAGCGCCUGCAGGUGGACAGACCAGUACUGCCGUUUGCACUUUGUUCUCAUGUGUGUAGAUCUCAUGAAUAAUCUGUCUCUGGUUUCCUGAAGUCAUUCUCCCUUUGCUAAACGGCAGGGGAUCGGGCACAUGUGUGUACAUCUCGUGUUUUUCUUAGGGCUAAAAUCCAGACUUGAUUUGAAAAGUACUGCUUACACUUCCAGCUGAACCUCCUUUCCUCUGGUUAUGUAAAUACUGUUUCCUAGGGAGUAACACAUUAGUAUGAGAUGUUUAUUACUUUAAAUGAUUCUUAUAGGGGACAAAAUUUAAUGAAAUCCAAGUGUAGUCCGAGUUUAAGGCAGUAGAAGCCAGAUGCAACCACCUUACCUGAAACGCUCUUCUUCUCGAUAAUGUGAUGACACUUAGUGUUACUAUGGGAAUUAGGAUUUCUGGGUUGUUUGCGGAGAGCUGAUGACAAGCUUUAGAACACGACAAAUUUAGGGCUGACGCUGUACGUAAGAAUUGCAUCCGUAAAACUGUUAUUUUGGUGCAUUCAGAGAUUAUAUCCCUUGAAUAUUUAAAUAAAUAUUCAGUCCCAGUU